CUCUCUCUCUCUCUCUCUCUCCCUGCUGGGCUCCCAAGGCUCCUUCUCUUGAAUGCAGCGCCACAGGAGGACGGCGUGGGGCGAGGGCCCGGGCUGCCCCCAGGAGAAGGGGAGCGGGGCCACUCGGGGCUCCCCUUCCUCCCAAGACGAAGAGGAGGAGGAGGAAGAAGAGGAGGAGGAAGGCGCCAGGGCUGCAAACGAGGAGGAGGAGGAAGCGCGUCCGCUCCUGAGGGGCAUUUUCGAGAUCGGGAAGCGGAGCUGCGACGUGGUGCUUGGCCCGCAGAGGCUGAGCUGGCGCCCCAUCCAGCCCGAGAGCCCCCGAGAUGACUCCAGGAUGAGCUUGCAACAGGAUGAGAAAUAUGUGGAAAUGAAAGAUGUAUUUUCCGUAAAACUGAAACGCCGUCGUUUUGCUGGACAGGAAAAAGGUGGCUUAUUAUUAGGUGUGGCAAUUUUUCUGUGCCUGAAAAAAGAAGGCAACAAACUUAAAGAUUCCAUCAUCAAUCUAAAUAACUCAAGUGAAGACCACUGUCAUUUGUGGUUUCGGUGUUUGAAACAAAUCUUGAAUGGUCUUCCCAAUAGGCCAAAGUCAUUAAAAGUGUUUAUCAAUCCAACUAGUCACAGAAAAGAGGCUACUCGCAUUUAUUAUGAGCAAGUUGCACCUCUCUUUAAGCUUGCUGAUAUCAGGACUGAUGUGACAGUUACUGAAUAUGAGGGACACGCUCUUGCAGUGCUUGAAGAAUGUGAUUUGACAUCAUUUCAUGGGGUGGUCUGUAUAGGUGGAGAUGGGACUGCCAGUGAGGUUGCCCAUGGCCUUUUGCUUAGAGCCCAGAUGGAUGCUGGAAAGGAUUGUGACGAUAUAUUUGAGCCCUCUAGAGCACAAAUUCCUCUUGGGAUUAUACCAGCAGGUUCUACAAAUAUUUUGGCACACACUCUGAAUGGAGUCCAACAUGUACUAACAGCAACAUUGCAUAUAAUAAUGGGGCAUCUACAGCCAGUGGAUGUUUGCUCUUUCAGCAGUCCGACAAAACUACUUCGUUUUGGGUUCUCUUGUAUGUUUGGCUUUGGAUCAAGGACGCUAGCUUUAGCUGAAAAGCACCGAUGGAUGCCAUCAAAUCAGCGAAAAGAUUUUGCUGUGAUGAAGACAUUGGCUAGACUAAAGCCAGAAGAUUGUGAAUUAUCCUUCCUACCUUCAAAAUGCUUACAGCAUGAUGUUGAGGAAAAUGGAAGGAAGCAAGAGAGACAUAAGCAUGAGAGCAGUGAUCGGUGGCAGAAGAUCCAGGGUCAUUUCCUGAACGUGAGCAUUAUGGCCAUCCCUUGUCUCUGCUCAAUGGCACCAAGAGGCUUGGCACCUAAUACCAGAUUGGAUGAUGGAAGCAUAGCUCUUAUUGUCGUACAAAACACGUCCCGUCCAGAAUUUGUUAAGCAUCUAAAAAGAUACAGUAGUGUGAAAAACCAGUUCAAUUUCCCUUUUAUUGAAACUUAUAUCGUUGAAGAAGUAAAAGUCCACCUGAGAACUGAAACUGAGCAUGCCAUUGGUGGCGAUCUGAAUCCUGUAGAUUCUGGAAAAAAGAACUAUCCUUGGAACAUAGAUGGAGAUUUAUGGGAAUGGCCAUCUGAAGUUCAUAUUCGGGCACAUCCACAGUUAAUUACGCUAUAUGGAGAGAAUGUUAAUACAGUGGAUAAUCCGAAAGAAUCAUGCAGCUGUCUUUAGAUAAAAUAUAUCUAAAUAAAUCACUCAUUUCUCAGCUAAAUCAUGUUUUUAUCUUGAGUAUUCAGCGGUAUGGGAGAAAAUGGUCUAGACUGAAAUCCAUGCCUCUUUAAUGCAGUUUCCCAGUGGAUCAUCUACCAGAGACAUUCUAGAUUUCCUUCCUUUUCACUAAUUCCGGAGGAUUUUUUUAUGUCCUGCACUGACCACUAUGUGAAUCUUUACUCAGUCAAAAAACUAUUCCAUUGCAAUAAAAAAAAUAUGGAGAAGAGAUUUUAAAAAACAACAUUUCAGGUGCUUUUCACUUUUGUGAUGAAAAGAAGCAUAGAGGAGAUAUUUAGAAAAUUGGACUUAAAUGGUUUGAUGAAGUAAAAAUGUUGAAAUGUUCUUUAAGUAUAUGACUUUGAUUCCUAAUAAAUGACAAAUACAAUUGCAUGUGUUUAAGUAUGCAUUAUUCAAGCAUUAAAAAUCUUUCAGAACUA